CAGCAGGGGGGCUCAGCGGCGGACUAAACAGAGAGAGGGACGGAAGUGUGUGUGUUUAGUGUGUGUGUGUCCUUUGAUCCAUCAGCCGGGAUCCGCUCAGACUGACAGUAGGUGCACCGCUGCUCCCCUGAGUUUCCCCCGACAUGGCAGACCUCUGGCAGAGCGCCAUGGACCACGCCGUGGCCAUCGCUCGAAAAGCAGGAGAGACCAUUCGAGAGGCUCUGCUGAACGACCGGAAAGUGACGACCAAGAGUUCGUCGGUCGACUUGGUGACGCAGACGGACCAGAAGGUGGAGAAGAUGAUCAUCCAGUCGGUGAAGGAGAGGUUUCCUGCACACAGGUUCAUCGGGGAGGAGUCGGUUGCUGCGGGUGAGGCCAGCAACCUGACCACCGCUCCCACCUGGAUCAUCGACCCCAUCGAUGGAACCACCAACUUCGUCCACGCGUUUCCCUUCGUGGCCGUUUCCAUCGGAUUCGCCGUCAACAGUCAGGUGGAGUUCGGGGUGGUGUACAGCUGUCUGGAGGAUAAGAUGUACACGGCGAGGAGGGGGAAGGGGGCGUUCUGUAACGGCGAGCCGCUGCAGGUGUCCGAUCAGACAGACGUCAAACAGUCCAUCAUCGCCACCGAGUUUGGAUCCAGCAGAGACCCUGAGGUGGUGGAGAACAUCUUCAGCAGCCUGAGAAAGAUCCUGUGCAUCCCGGUCCACGGCGUGCGAGGAGCCGGCACCGCCGCCGUCAACAUGUGCCUGGUGGCCAGCGGCAGCGUGGAGGCCUACUACGAGAUCGGGAUCCACGUUUGGGACGUUGCUGCCGGGUCGCUGAUCGUCACUGAAGCCGGAGGAGUGCUCAUGGAUGUGGAGGGAGGAGAGUUUGACCUGAUGUCCCGGAGAGUCGUUGCUGCCAACAACAAGACAAUCGCUGAGAGGAUCGUGAAAGAGAUCGCAGCCUUCCAACCAGAGAGAGACGACCAUUCACCACAGUGACACUCCAGCUCAUGCUAACUUUUCAUAGUUUGUUAUAAAUAAAGUUUAUCAAAA